AUGGCUCCCUCAGCAAUCGAGAGCGUCUUGCCCGUCAACACAAAGGGGGCUGACCGGACGCCGCUUGUACUCUCUGGCGCCACUGACUCAUACGAGUCGUUUGACGUGACUCCGGUCAUUGGCCGCGAGUACCCAAAGGCCAAGCUAGUCGAGUGGCUGGAUGCUCCCAACUCAGAUGAGCUCAUCAGGGACCUGGCAAUCAUAAUCUCGCAGAGGGGCGUUGUCUUUUUCCGCGCGCAGGACGACUUGACGAAUGAGCUGCAGAAAAGGUUGAUUCUGCGGCUCGGGGAGCUCACUGGGCGCCCCGCCACAUCAGGCCUCCAUAUCCACCCCAUCCUCAACUCGGAGCGCGAGCUUGGGGGCAGCGACGUGGAGAUCAGCACUAUCAGCUCCAUCCAGACCAAGCAAUUUUAUUCGCAGUCGACCCCUAGCGAACUGAGCCCCAAGAAGCAGAACAGCGCUCAGUGGCAUAGCGACAUUGCUUUCGAGCCGGUACCCGCUGACUACACGUCCCUGCGUCUCGUUGAGCUGCCAACUACCGGGGGAGACACGCUCUGGGCCUCGGGCUAUGAAAUAUACGACCGCAUAAGCGAGCCUUACCAAAGAUUUCUCGAAUCUCUCACGGCCACCUUUGAGCAGCCGGGUUUUCAGAAAGUUGCCGAGCGCGCCGGGUUCGCUCUCUACGACAAGCCCCGAGGCGCCCCCGAGAAUGUAGGCACGGAGCUGAGGGCCAUCCAUCCCGUGGUUCGCACCAACCCCGUCACCGGCUGGAAGAGUAUCUUUCCUGUUGGGGGCCAUGUCAAACACAUCAACGGCCUCACCAAAGAGGAGAGCUCAAAGCUCCUAAAUUGGUUUUUGGGUCUCGUGUACAAGAAUCAUGAUCUGCAGGUGCGGUUCAAGUGGAAAAACCCGAACGACAUUGGUGAGCAGCAACUCCACUAUCUAACUAGAAGCCGAUUGCACUCUUCAUCCCCUGCCUCUUACUCAAUCUGGGACAAUCGCUCCGUCUUUCAUACCGCUACAUUUGAUUACCUAGAGGGUGGAUAUGGCGAUCGGUUUGGCAACCGGGUUGUCGGGCUAGGAGAAAAACCGUUCUUCGAUGUAAAUAGCUCUUCGAGAAGAUCCACAAUUAAUAAUAGUUAA